AAGCUAUUCUUUAAACCUUGUCUUUAAAUCGUUUUUCUUCAAAUCCUCAUUAAUAAAAACAGAAGAGAUACCAUGCAACCUUAAACUGUUUCCCCAUAGUCUAUCUUCAGAGACCUGACCUCUCAUAGCUCUUUUAAUUCUCACAACAUUUCCAAAAAUAUCCCCAAUAUUAUCAAAAAGUUUACAAAUAUUUAAUAAACUGAUGGAAGCUGCAAAAGUCUACACACAAGAUGGCACCGUCGACCUCCAAGGCCGUUCCGUCCUUGCGUCCAAGACCGGCCGUUGGAAGGCUUGCUCAUUCCUCCUCGGGUAUGAAGCGUUUGAGAGGAUGGCGUUUUACGGAAUAGCUUCAAACUUGGUGAAUUAUUUGACAACAAGACUUCACGAAGACACUAUCUCCUCGGUUAGAAAUGUGAAUAAUUGGUCAGGUGCCGUUUGGAUCACGCCGAUCGCCGGAGCUUACAUCGCCGACUCAUACGUCGGCCGCUUCUGGACUUUUACUGCCUCCUCCCUCAUCUACGUCCUGGGGAUGAUUCUCUUAACAAUGGCGGUAACGGUAAAAUCAUUAAGACCAACAUGCAUCAAUGGGGUAUGCAACAAGGCAUCAUCUUUGCAAAUUGCAUUUUUCUACACGUCUCUCUACACCAUAGCCAUAGGAGCGGGAGGAACAAAACCAAACAUUUCUACUUUUGGAGCAGACCAAUUCGACAAUUAUAGCACUGGAGAGAAAAAACAAAAGGUUUCAUUCUUCAAUUGGUGGAUGUUCAGCUCCUUCUUGGGUGCACUAUUCGCGACACUAGGGCUUGUCUACAUCCAAGAGAAUCUUGGAUGGGGCUUAGGUUAUGGCAUCCCUACAGUAGGGCUCUUGGUUUCUCUCGUUGUGUUCUAUAUCGGAACACCGUUCUACAGGCAUAAGGUUAUUAAAUCAGACAAUAUAGCCAAAGAUUUGGUUAGAGUCCCUAUUGCAGCAUUCAAAAACCGAAAUCUUCACUGUCCUAGUGAUCUUUUGGAGCUUCAUGAACUUGACUCCCAUUAUUACAAAAGUACUGGUAAACAUCAAGUUCAUCACACUCCCAUAUUCAGGUUCUUGGAUAAAGCGGCCAUUAAGACAAGUUCGAAGGAGACACCUUGUACGGUGACCAAAGUGGAAGUGGCAAAGCGUGUACUAGGGCUUACCUUAAUAUGGCUUGUCACUUUAAUCCCAAGCACCUUAUGGGCACAAGUCAAUACUCUCUUCGUCAAACAAGGAACUACACUGGACCGGAAAAUCGGAUCAGACUUCCAAAUCCCUGCGGCUUCCUUGGGAAGCUUUGUCACCCUUUCAAUGCUUGUCUCAGUGCCAAUGUAUGACCAAUACUUUGUUCCCUUCAUGCGCAAGAAAACUGGAAACCCUAGAGGGAUCACUAUACUCCAAAGGCUAGGGGUAGGGUUUGUGAUCCAAAUUGUUGCAGUUGCGGUUGCUUCUGCCGUAGAGGUCAAGAGGAUGCGUGUAAUAAAGGAAUUUCAUAUAACUAGCCCAAAAGAAGUUGUGCCUAUGAAUAUUUUCUGGUUGCUCCCUCAGUACUCUCUUCUAGGCAUUGGGGAUGUGUUCAACGCGAUUGGUUUGCUUGAGUUUUUCUACGAUCAGUCACCUGAGGAGAUGCAGAGCCUUGGAACAACGUUUUUUACUAGUGGAAUCGGUGUAGGGAACUUCUUGAACAGUUUCUUGGUUACAAUGAUUGAUAAAAUCACGAGUAGAGGGGGAGGGAAGAGUUGGAUUGGGGAUAAUUUGAAUGAUUCUAGGCUAGAUUACUAUUAUGGGUUUCUAGUGGUGAUUUCGGUUGUGAACAUGGGCUUGUUCCUGUGGGCAGCUAGCAAGUAUGUUUACAAGAGUGAUGAUACGAAAGAGUUUGGUGGAGGAUGUGUUCAAAUGGAGACCAAAGCCUUUGACACAUCUCCGCUCACUCUUUGAUUAUGACAAGAAGAGAUGUGUGUAAAUAUAUGUUUUUUAGAAAAUUUGUAAGGUGUGGUAUUUUGGUUAACAUAAUAUGAAUAAAACUUUAGUGUUUAUUCUAAUCAAUCAAUUAAAACUUGGAAGAGCCAA